UCCUGGCUGUCUGAACUCCAAGUCCAGCCCCAAAGCUACUUCUCUCUCACCAAACCUCAAAACCAAAUCUCGCACCGACACAACACAAAUCCCCCAAAUCCCAUACUUUUUUUUUUCUUCAUCAUUUCAUUGCCAUUGCAGGGCAUCGUCUUGCCCAAGUUUUUCCCUUUGUCUUUGCCUGUCGCGCACUUUUUGUGACUCUUCCCCAAGCAAUUGCCACCAAACUCCCCCUCCGCUUCUCUUCUUCUCCCUCAAAACCCAACACCAAAUUCUCCCAGUCUUCAAAAAUCUCGUCUUGGGUUUUUGUCAAAGACUUUUUCUUUUUCAGUUUUCUUUGAGUACCAUGAAUUCUAACGUCUACGGCGUCUCUUCCUCCAAAAUCGUCUUUUUUAUCUUCUUGUUCUUUGUUUCGUUUGCCAUUGCUGCAUUGCCUCAAAACCCAUCUGGGAAAUCCUUCUCUUCGUCGGCUUCCGGUCAGAUUAACUCAAACUCGGUCCUUGUUGCUCUCCUUGACUCGCAUUACACUGAGUUAGCUGAACUCGUUGAGAAAGCUUUACUACUCCAAACCCUUGAAGAAGCUGUUGGUAACCACAAUAUUACCAUUUUUGCCCCUCGAAAUGAAGCCUUGGAGCGUCAACUCGACCCGGAGUUCAAACGGUUCUUACUUGAGCCCGGAAACCUGAAGUCUCUCCAAACCCUUCUAAUGUUCCACAUUAUCCCCAAACGGGUCGGGUCCCACCAAUGGCCAGACCCCAAAACCGGUCCUUUUAAACACAACACCCUGUCUAACGACCAUCUGCAGUUAACUUCCAAACCCAGCGGCAAGAAAACUGUGGACUCAGCCGAGUUGAUUCGACCCGACGACGUGAUCCGACCCGAUGGAGUCAUCCACGGGAUCCAGCAGCUCCUCAUUCCCCGUUCAGUCAUAGAAGAUUUUAACAAGAGACGUAAUCUGCGGUCAAUCUCCGCCGUUUUACCUGAGGGUGCGCCAGAAGUGGAUCCUCGCACCCACAGGUUGAAGAAGCCAGCGCCAGUGCCAGCUGGAGCACCACCUGUACUCCCGAUCUACGACGCGAUGGCACCAGGUCCUUCUCUGGCACCGGCGCCGGCUCCGGGACCUGGUGGACCUCAUCAUCAUUUUGACGGUGACAGCCAGGUCAAGGAUUUUAUCCAAACGUUAUUACAUUACGGCGGGUAUAACGAAAUGGCUGAUAUUCUAGUGAACUUGACUUCUUUAGCAACGGAAAUGGGGAGACUAGUUUCCGAAGGAUAUGUUAUAACGGUCUUGGCUCCGAAUGAUGAAGCCAUGGCGAAGCUUACUACCGAUCAGUUAAGCGAGCCAGGGGCUCCGGAACAGAUUAUUUAUUACCAUAUUAUUCCUGAGUAUCAGACUGAGGAGAGCAUGUACAAUGCGGUUCGGAGGUUCGGGAAAGUGAGAUAUGAUACGCUGCGUUUGCCGCAUAAGGUAGUGGCUCAGGAGGCUGAUGGUUCGGUCAAAUUUGGGAAUGGUGAGGGUUCAGCCUAUCUGUUUGAUCCGGAUAUUUAUACGGAUGGGAGGAUUUCGGUUCAGGGAAUUGAUGGGGUUUUGUUCCCGGAGGAAGAGAUUGAGACUGUUAAGAAACCAGCUGCUGUUAAGGUCUCCUCCAAGCCCAGAAGAGGGAAGUUGUUGGAAGUUGGAUGUUGGAUGCUUGGCACUCUCGGACAGGAUUCACGAUUUCGAUCAUGUCAAUGAAUGAAUAUAUAAAAAUUAUAGUCUCAAGAAGAAGAAAAAAAAAAAAAAAGAAACUGAGUAAAACAAACGAAACAACGGUGAAAAGUUCUUUCUCCGGGUAAAGAUGCUUUGGCAUUUGCAGUUGUAGAGUUGGAUUUUGUGUCAUAAUACACUGGAAGGGAAGCCACUGGUGAUGCUUGAUAUCCUCAAAAAAAAAAAAAAAAAAAAAAA